AUGUCUCGCCAUCACCCUGAUCUGGUCAUGUGCCGCAAACAAUCUGGCAUCUCCAUCGGCCGACUUUGCGAUAAGUGCGACGGCAAAUGUCCUGUGUGCGACUCCUACGUGCGCCCAACCACCCUUGUUCGUAUCUGUGACGAGUGCGCCUUCGGAAACUACCAGAACAAGUGUGUCGUCUGUGGUGGUGAAGGAAUCAGUGACGCUUUCUACUGCUUCGAGUGCACUCGUUUGGAGAAAGACCGAGAUGGGUGCCCCAAGAUUAUAAAUUUGGGAAGUUCGAGGACAGAUUUAUUCUAUCAAAAGAAAAGUUUUCGGAAUCAAUGA